AGAAAGCUUCUUUUGCAUGAAAUCAAAGAUGCCAUUUCAAUUGAGCCAAUCAGACAGCGCAUAGAUUGCGGACUUAGGGGAGCUUUUCUUGUUUUCGGAAUCGGCCUAACCCCUGACCGAGCCAAGCUCAGCUUUUGAUAAGGAGCUUGAAUUUCUCAACGACAUUGUCCGACUCAAAAUAUCAACCUCUUGUCCACUCUCGCAUCACAGAAAACCAUGGCCACCCGAUCAUUAGUCGUCGGAGGAACUGGUGGUAUUGGCUACGCCAUUGCCUGCCGCCUGGCCGCUGCCUCGGCGUCCUCACAAGUGACCAUCAGCGGCCGCACCGAGCCCAAGGACACCCCCCAUCCCAACAUCAAGUUCCGCGCCUUGGACGCAUCUUCCAUGCGCUCCAUCAAGAAAUACACAGCUGAAUACAAAUCACUCCAAGACCCGCAACUCGACCUACUCGUCCUCACGCAGGGCAUCCUUACCAUGGCAGGCCGGACCGAGACGUCCGAGGGAAUCGACCGCAAGAUGGCCCUUCACUACUAUGGCAGGCAGCUUCUCAUCCGCGAACUGAGCCCCAUUCUAAAGGACGACGCCAAAGUUCUCAUCGUCCUCGACAGCACCCGCGGAAGCCCGACAAAGCUGAUUUGGGACGAUUUGGACCUGAAGAAGAACUUUAGCCUACAGAACGCAGCGAACCAUUGCUUGUCCAUGACGGACGCAAUGAUUCAGGCGUAUGCGGCUGAGAACAAGGCCAAGAAGCAACACUUUAUCCACGCAUACCCGGGACUUGUGCAGACCAACAUCUUCCACACCAUGCCGUGGUAUCUCCGGGUUGGGACAAAACUACUGACGAAUGUGAUGGGUGUACCGGCUGAUACUUGCGCCGAGGGACUUCUGAAGGGAGUGAACGAGACCUCGGAGAAGGACGGUGCAUCCUGGAGCUGUAUCGAUCAGAAUGGUAAGAUGGUUGGCAACAAGGCUAUUUUCACUGAGGAGGAUCUGCAAAAGGUCAAAGACCACACCUGGAAGACGAUUGAUGAGGCGCUUGCAAUGCCCAGCGAGUAAAGUGAGGGUAGCUGGCGUGCACUUGUAAGAUUCGAGUUUGACCUGUAUUUUCGAUACCAAAGAAUUAAGAGCUCACUUUGCGGCUCACCAGAACUCAAGCCAGGGACGAAAUCGUCAUCGUUUGUGAGAUCUCAAUCCACACUACUUACCUCUCAUCAAAUACCGCGUGGACGGGUGUUAG